GUAGUUUCGGAAAAUGGGUCGUCGGCCGGUGGAUCGUCAAUGCCGCGAAUAAGUCAACAAAGUUGGCCUUUCAUCACGAAGUCUUCAAAUUAGUUAACAGAUGGCAGAGCAUUGUGAUAUAGUUAGCAUUUAUUUCAGUAGAUGGCACCAUGCCUACUUCUCGCAAGUUCCCUCGGUGAAUUGGUUCGUGUUUAAUAGCGUGACAGCACGGGCCAGGUAUACAGUGAGUGGUGGUGUGUGUGUUUGUGAUAAAGAAAGGGAGUCUUGCGGUGCGUCAGCUAGUACAAGCAUCUCUUCUUUUCGGAAAAUACAGUGUAAUCUGUACAGUGAAUUGUUGACAGCAAGAAACUUAGCAGUGAAAUGGAAGGCCUGAAGCUGUUCCUGUGAUACCUGUUAGAAGACCUUUGUAUUUCAAUCAUGGCAAUGGAAGAUUUUCCUACCAAUAAUGUGCUCAUUAUUGUCAACAGAUAAACACUACACUGAUAGCAGUGCAAUGAAUAUUUCUUGCACGAACAAGAGGGUCAUGAAUGAUGCAUCAGAAACAAAACCACGUGACUCCAUACCCAAGCGUCAGAGAACUAAAUUAACUUUAAUCAGCAAAUUAAGUGAUAAAGGACGUGAUCUUCAAAUGAAAGUUGCUUAUAAGGACUUGGAAGACUGUGAAUUGGGAUGGAGCAGCUUGCCCUCAGAAGCACUGCUGCUGGUCUUCAGCCAACUACCACUUCAAGAUCUUGGCAGAGUGGCUCAGGUCUGUCAGCACUGGAAUCAUGUCUCACAAUUCCCACAGCUCUGGCAGAGAGCAGAAUUCAGUCUAAGUCAGGCAUCCAAGUCAACUCCUGUAAGAUUGAUAAACUACAUUCUGAAACACCAUGUACAACACCUGAAGUCUGUUCUGUUCAGGACUGAUAGCACAGUGGAGUCUGCACAGAUGGCCUGUCACAUUUUAUCCAGGCUGGUGAACUGCUCUCUCAAGACACUGGCAUUCAUCAGCUCAGCUCUACCUGUGUUUCUUGAUUUGAAUCAGCAGUCAUUCAUCUCGGCAUUAACCACUGUAUUUCACCAUUCACAUGCACUUGGUUCACUGGUGAUUGAAAAUAUACCUAUGGAUGACACGUCUCUAGAUGUUCUUGUCUCAUCCAACUCAAAAACUUUGGAACUGCUUCAACUGAAGAACUGUCCCAGAGUAUCGCCAGAAGGUAUCCUGGCCCUUGCAGAUCAGUGUCGUUACCUGCGGGAGUUGUCCCUAAGCUAUACAUUGUUGAGCGAUGACUUGCUUCUUGCCCUGUCCUCGGAGGAGCGUGUUCACCUGGAGUAUUUACGUAUUGAUGUGUACACAGAAAAGGAUAUGCUGUUACAGCAGAUCUCACCAUGCUGUUGGAAUGCCCUUGUUGAACAUUCACCAAGGAUGAACCUUGUUAUGUACUUUUUUGUAAUUCCUGAUGAAUCAUUCAACACACUUUUCAUGUCAUAUAUUCCUGUUACAAAUCUAUACUUUGGUGACUAUGUUCCAAAGACAGUGCUAGGUCGAAUAGGUAGUCAUUGUCCUAGGCUAAAGGAAUUGGUUGUUGGGGCAAAUGGAAAUUCUUUCAUCAAUGACGAACUUCUGAACAUUGCAAGAAACUGUCCAGAACUUUCUUCUGUUGGAUUAGGGGAAUGUGAAGUGACAUGUAGUGCAUUUGUAAAGUUUGCUCACAUCUGUGGCCCAAGACUUAAGGAACUCUAUGUCAUGGAGGAAUGCCUUGUUGAGGACUCGCACUAUGACUUACCAAAGGCUUGCAAACAUGUCUCAGAACUAAUAGGACGGGAAUGGGCUCCAGAGUUUAUGCCAGUUUGGUAAGAACAUUCUUCAAGAUGUUAUCACAUGACAAGAGGUUUUCAUUGCUUCUUAAGUUUUGUUUACAAUGUAAUGAUGAGAGAAUAUCUUGAAUUUGAUGCUACAUUCUGGAGCUACUGCAAGUGCAGUGGACUAAAGCAUUUCUAAUUUAUGCACAGUAUUGCUGGUUGCUUCGGUGCAGCAAGCCAGGAUGGCAGUAUUUCUGGUAAUACUGCAAAUAAGACUGACUUUUUCUUACAUUUAAGAAAGCUGAUUUAAUUUUAUUACACUGUAUUAAACAUAAAACCCAACUACGUAUUAACUAAUAUGUAACUUUCAUUAUAGUUCUGCUAAAGGUAAUAAAUGUGAGAAAUUGUACCUUA